GAAGAAUUCGACUGGGUUUACUUCAAAUCAUUCAAAUCGAGGCAAGUCAUACGGGGAUUUGUGAUUUGAUUAUAAAUUACACAUUUCCGACCACCAGACACUUCCAACCUUCACUCAAACACAAAUCACCCAUGAAGUUGUCGAAAGGAAACGUCUAAAGCAACAAUAACCUGUGCGAUACACACCUAAACAGAAUGUCGCCGAUACCUUUACAAAUAACAAAGCAACGCAUGCUAGAGGCUUUUCCAUGGGUUAAGUUUCCUCUCAUUGUUUCGGCGCCGAUGCUUGGUGCUGCCACGCCUGCUCUCGCCGCAAAUGUGAGCCUGGCGGGUGGGAUAGGAUUUCUUCCAGGCGGUAAUGAUGGAGUGGAUCUUGAUCAAAGAGUUGCCACCACGAAGUCAUUGUUAAAAGCUGCCGGUCGGGAACAAUCCCAACUUGAGACAUUUGAUCGUCUUCCCAUUGGGAUGGGCUUCCUGAAUUGGCACUGCAAACUCAGCGUCGCUGUUGAGGCUGUAAAAAAGCACAAACCUUCAGCGGUGUGGCUUUACGCACCGCAUGCAACCGAAGAUUUGAAAGAAUGGGCUCAAGAGCUUAGAUCCAUUGGUGACGGGAAAAUUUCAAUUUGGGUGCAAGUUGGGAGUGUCAAGGAAGCCUUGGAAGUUGUGGAAAUGGCGAGACCUGAUGUCUUGGUCAUUCAAGGUUCCGAUGCUGGUGGCCAUGGUCUAGCUCAAUCAGCCAGUAUUAUAUCAUUGCUUCCAGAAGUUGCAGAUGCGCUUGAAGAUAAAAAAUCGGAAUCGACAACUAUACCACUGAUUGCAGCUGGUGGAAUUAUGGAUGGACGAGGUGUUUCUGCUGCUCUGUGUUUGGGAGCGACGGGAGCUGUGAUGGGUACCAGGUUUUUAGCAUCUGAAGAAGCAGCUAUUCCUCAAGGCUGGCAAAAAGAACUCGUGAAAGCAGUCGAUGGUGGUGUUAGUACCGGAAGAUCUACUUUAUGCGACAGAAUAAAGACAAUAGUGGGAUGGCCAACGCAAUAUGAUGGUCGCGCCUUACUCAAUAAAAGCCAUGAAGACGAGAAGGCUGGAAUGACAGACGAAGAAAAUGUUCGCUUAUAUAAGGAAGAGUUAAAAGAUGGUGAUGAGGCUUGGGGCUCCCAAGGCAGGAUGGUUGCAUAUUCUGGUACUGGGGUUGGGCUGAUAAAAGAAGUAAUGUCGGCUGAGAAGAUCAUUCAAAAAACAAGGAAAGAGGUUUCCGAAAUCUUUGAGUAACAACAAUUGCAACAAUUGCAACUACACAAAGUAAACAGCCUUUCUAACUAAGGCUUUCUCUUUUGCAUCAUAUACAUAACAUGAACCAAUUCCCAACCAUUUAAAUCUCAUCUGAGACA